AUGUCUCAGAGAAGAGAAAACAACAAUAAAAUGUUUAUAAAACAAGGCGGCGUUGCGUUAUGUCUGAGCCCUCAGGGACGCAGAAAUGGUGAGGCGUUGGUUAGAUUCAUAAACCAAGAGCACAGGGAUAUGGCACUCAAGAGGCAUAAGCACCACAUCGGCCAGAGAUAUAUUGAGGUCUAUCGCGCCAACGGCGAGGACUUUGUCAAUGUUGCCGGAGGCAAUAACAACGAAGCGCAGGCUUUCCUCUCCAGAGGCGGUCAAGUGAUUGUUAGGAUGAGAGGAUUGCCAUACGAUUGCACCGCUCAACAAGUGAUUGAAUUCUUCUCAAAUGGAGACAAUAGUUGUGAAGUAAUGCAUAGCGAAGAUGGGGUACUAUUUGUACGCAAAUCCGACGGCAGAGCCACCGGCGAUGCGUUCGUACUCUUCGAGACCGAAGAGUUGGCCGUAAAAGCGCUGCAAAAGCAUCGGGAAGUGAUCGGAGCCCGAUAUAUAGAGCUCUUCAGGAGUACCACCGCUGAAGUACAACAGGUCCUCAACCGAAGUAUGGAUCCGAGAACUUUUGAACCCCAACUACCCUUAAUAGCGAGUCUACCGCACGUCCCACUCAUACCUCAACAACUAUUACCGUCCGGUUCUCGUAAGGACUGUAUCCGACUCCGGGGUCUACCAUAUGAGGCACAGGUCGAGCAGAUACUGGAGUUCUUAGGCGAACAUGCGAAGAAUAUUGUCUUCCAAGGCGUCCAUAUGGUGUAUAACGCUCAGGGUCAGCCAUCGGGCGAAGCAUUUAUUCAAAUGGAUUCGGAACAGUCGGCUCUGUUGGCCGCCCAACAAAGACACCACCGAUAUAUGAUAUUCGGUAAAAAACAGAGAUAUAUUGAGGUAUUCCAGUGCUCUGUGGACGACAUGAAUCUGGUGCUGACGGGCGGUAUUCCUGUACAAAGACAACUCCUCUCUCCAGGGGGUACAUUACUGCCACCGCCACAUUACGGCGCUUAUCCCUAUUCCGUGCAAACAUCUCAAGUGUUGCCAACAGCGGUGUCGACAGCGUCGUCGCCAUUAGCUCCGGCCCGACUUCCGGCUUCAUUUGGUUAUCCCAAUCCAUUUAAUCUAAUCUAUUGGCCAUACCCUUCACCACCAGUCUCUCCGACCACAUACUACGCCCAUUCGGGACCAACUAUGUUGACGACUGAUUGCAUCCAAAUCGGUCGCAACGGUGACGGGCGACCAAAUGGUGAGGGAGUGGUGACGUUCCCCUCCCGGGCCGACGCCGAGCGUGCAAUACAAGAGAAGAAUCGCCAGAACAUUGGGAACCGGUAUAUUGAACUGUUCAUGGCUUGAUUGCCACUCAUUAUAGACAAUCAUUUAAUUGAAUAGACAUUUUUGUCCAUUUCCUCUCUCUUUCUCUCUCCUCGCAUGCAAUCGAUUGUAUUCAUAAAGCAAUGAAAUCGAGAAUCAAAGACACUGUUAAUAACUGGACAAUGAAUUUGUUUGUUAUGUAAAAAGAGUAUCAAAUUGUUUAGCAUAUGAUAAGAAACAGAAAAACUAUUUGUUAAUUAUUUAUUAAGUAUAGGAAAAGUGAUAAGAAAGUGAACAAUAGUUGAUAUUAUGUGCAAAACAUGUCUUCAUUUGUUAUUAAAAAACAAUUUAUAAACUAUUAUUGAAGAACUAU